AUGGCGCUGUUUUCCGUCAUACAGCCAGCUAUUGCUGAAGAGACUUACGAUAUUUUCACUGGUCUUGGAAAACAAGUAGGAGAUUGUUUUGAUAAUGUUCAUUACGAAGAGUGUGAUAUUUCUAUAGCUGAUGCCUAUCAUCCGAAAACUGCACAAAUAGGCAACAAUCCACCAGAAACGCAAUUUGUUCUUUUCACGCCAACAAACCCCGAUAGAGCUGAGCCGUUGCACAAAUGUGGCGGUGAAUUACCUAAAGACACUGAUUUUGAUCCAGACGUAGAGACAGUUCUUAUUGCGCAUGGUUAUUUGGAUGGGCUCUGUAGAACAGCUUGGCAGAGAGAAAUAAAAACGCAACUUUUUAUAAGAGGCGACUACAACGUUAUUCUCGUCGACUGGACAUGGGGCAACACACCAGAUCCAGGAGGAGCGGCUCAGAACUCUCUCGUCGCUGGAGAACAAGCAGCUUUUGUUGUUCAAAAUAUCAUGAAUCGAACUGGCAUAAAAGGAGACAAGUUUCAUCUCAUCGGCCACAGUUACGGCUCGUAUUUAGUGGGUAUCGCAGCAAAAUUUAUCAAGGAUCAAAAUGAAGAAAAUAUGAUUCGAAGGUUGACUUUUCUAGAUCCAGCCGUGGCUCCUGUCUCCAAUGAAGACAUUAAUAAUGGAAAACUAUCCUAUAAAAACGCCAAAUUUCUGGACGUCAUUCAUAGCGACGGCGGAGUAUGUUUCCCUUUUAACCUCGGAUUAAUUCACCCUCUUGGACACGUGGACUUUUAUCCCAAUGGUGGAAGUAUUCAACCAGCGUGUUUCGAAUAUGCUAUCGCCACAGCUUUGAGAUUAGAUUUGUUUUACGGUAAGUGCGAUAAAAUUACUUUGGUAUUAAUUUAA